UAAAAAAAAAAUUAAAAAACAAAAAAAAAAUCAUUCUCCAAUGGUGCAAAUGCAAUCACUAACACUACCCACCAUAACCUCCUUCCCUUUAUCUUUACAAAACCCUUCCGGCAACCGCCACGUCACGUUUCUCCGACGGACUAACCGGAGAUCAUCUGUAAACGCCGCCGCCGUUGCUGCGGCUCCGCCGGCGUUGGAAAGAAGAACGCCGGCGGCGAGUCUGUACGAUGUGCUAAAGGUAAAAGUAAAUGCGUCAGCUAAGGAGAUUAAAGCAGCUUACCGGAAUUUGGCUAAGCUUUAUCAUCCUGAUGCUGCUUCUCUACCGGAGGAAUCUUCACGACCCGACCCGACCCGGAUUUUUAUUGAGAUACACGAUGCUUAUGCUACGCUAUCCGAUCCUGUUUCUAGGGAUCUAUAUGAUCUUAAGUUAAAUGUGAGCUCCCAUCUUCGUAUAAAUGGGUCAGAGUUUUACCCGACCCGAAAAUGGGAAACGGAUCAGUGCUGGUGAUGUUAGGGACCCACAUUUUGCCGCGUUAACACUGUAUAUUAAAUGGCAUUUUAGUUGGAGGUUUAGCUUAGUGUACAUAUUCUGCAUCUUCUUUAAUUUUUUGUUUCCAUUUCUGCUCCUUUAUGAAGAGCCAAUUG